GGAGAAUUUUGGUAUGUACAUAAGCUUCACAACCAAGCUUCACGUCUCUUUCUGCUUAUAAAAGGCCUCGUGUUUCUUACAUCCAAUUCACCAAGCACACACACGCACACUGAUCAUACACAAACAGCCCAUCGAUCAGAGGCAUCAACCCCGCCCUCCCUCCUCCCUCUUCCCUCUCUAGCUAUAUAUCAUAUUAACCGUUACGCCAUCAUGGAAAGGAAUUUAGAACCCUUGACUGUGGGGAGAGUAGUGGGUGAAGUUGUGGAUGCCUUCACUCCCAGCGUGAAGAUGAACGUCACUUACAACUUCAACAAGCAAGUCUACAAUGGCCAUGAGUUCAUGCCUUCAGUAAUCACCUCCAGACCUCGCGUCGAGAUCGGUGGAGAGGACUUGAGGGCUGCAUUUACACUUAUCAUGACAGACCCAGAUGCUCCAAGCCCAAGUGAUCCAUAUUUGAGAGAACACCUUCACUGGAUUGUUACGGACAUUCCUGGCACCACUGAUGCAUCCUUUGGCAGAGAAAUAGUGGGAUAUGAGACUCCGAAGCCUGUAAUUGGUAUCCAUAGGUUUGUAUUCAUUUUAUUCAAGCAGAAGGGAAGGAAAACAGUGAAGCCACCGGCAUCAAGAGACCAGUUCAGCACAAGAAAGUUCUCGGAAGAGAAUGGUUUAGGACUCCCAGUAGCUGCAGUUUACUUCAACGCACAGAGAGAAACUGCUGCUAGACGAAGAUAAGGAAGACAGACAAAGCGAGUUCGUGCAGGGGGAGACUUUUGACGGCCUCUUUCAAAUUUCAAUCCAUCAAACUGAUUCUCCUUCACGGGGAGUGUCAGCACUUAUUUUAGUUUCUCUUCUGUGUCUAGGGUUUGGCAACGUAGGAUGGGUAGUAAACAGUAUGGUGUGUUUGUCGUGGGUCCCACUUUUCAUAGGUCUCUUCUUUUUAUUAGCCACGUGGCAAGCUAAGGAUCCACGGUAAGUCUGUGUACUAGUCUACUAGAGUAUACUACUAGUCUAUCGUGGAGUGUUUACUAUAUAUGGUGUCCUACUCCUAUAUAUGUACUUGCGGUCAGUUGGUCUUGUUCCCGUUUGGAUUUCUAUUGGAAUAAAUUGUUAAUGCCUGAUUUGCCUU